GGUUCAAAGGUGCGCGCACUUGCAUUUGUACCCUCUUUCGACCCCCGAGAUGAUGGUCGGUACUUGUGGAUAGGUCUCCAGAAUGGAGCACUCAUAAUGGUAGAUAUACUUGGCAGAGAAUUAAUGGAGAAACGAACAACAAGUCAUAGAGGAGCUGUAGAUUUUAUUUUUCGAAACAGAAACAGGGAAAUAUGGACAAUGGACAAUCAUGGAAUACUUAAUAUUUGGCCAGUUCAGCCAAAACCAGAAAACUACCAUCAACCACUCCUAAAGCCAGUGAGAUACCUAAUUACACCCAUGCUAUGUGCAGUAGCCAUAAUUGACAGCAUUAUGUGGACUAGCUCCGGAAGAGACAUCAGCGUUUUCCACCGAACAGAGGGUGAGAUGAUUCCAUACCCACGUAUCUUUAUCUCUAAAGAGCUGGGAGAUGUUACAAAUAUGGUACUUGUGCCGUUCCACAAGAGCAAAAUAUUUAUUUCUCAUAAUAAUGGAACUCUAAGUGUCUGGGAUAUCACAUCAAGAAAAAAUCUAUAUAUUAUCCAGCUCGGGAAACAAAGUAUUACGGCGAUGGAAAGCGUGGGAGAGCGUUAUUUAUGGACCGGAUACACAGACGGCACGAUUUCUAUUCAUGAAACACGAUCGAUUCCUUGGAGGACUAUACAACAGUGGCAGGCACACGAAUCAAGCGUCUUUAGUAUUCGCGCAAAUCUGACUGCCUUUACGCAGGAAGGAUCCGCUCUUACUGUAGUUACAGCAGACAAUGAUGGAAAUAUUGGAGUUUGGGAUGGACUAUUAAAGAAGUAUUGGAAAGAAAAGAAGAUGCAGGAAUAUAGAAAAGAGUAUUGCGUAUAUAGGGACACACACGUCUUGAACUGCUCUUGGAACGUGGAUGCCAUGAAGCCAGAUAAACUAAGUGUGGGAGAUCAGGAAAACAUAAUGGAGUGGCUCAGCAGUCAGAAUAAGCCAGAUAUUAUUGCGAUUGGUAUGCAAGAAAUGGUAGAUUUGUCAUCAAAGACCAACACGGCACGUAUACUCCUUAAUUCUUACAAAAAGACAGAGCCAUUACAAGACACAAAUGAACUCUUAUCUCACCGAUAUAAGCUGUGGUACGAAUACCUGUCGCAGGUUAUUGAAAAGAUCUACGGUGUCAGAAGCUACUCCGUAAUCAAAACCGAACACCUUGUUGGUCUUUUUAGCUGCAUUUUUGUCAAGUCCACCGAAGAAGACCGGGUUCGCCAAUGCGAAGCCACUGUGAUCAAGACUGGACUCAAAUUCAUGAAAAAGAGUGUUCAUGGCAACAAGGGCGCAGUAGCCAUUCGGUUUUUGUAUGACCACACCUCCUUUUGUUUUGUAAACUGCCAUUUGGCGGCUGGACAGAACCACCUACUACAGCGCAACGAAGACAGCCAAGACAUCCUAGACUCGGCCCGAUUUGGCCUGUACCCCUCUACGUUCUUUGGCGGCGGCGAUCUUUUUACGCAUGGCACGGACGGGAGUCAAAUAUUGGACCAUGAAGUGUGUUUUUGGAGUGGUGAUCUAAACUACCGAAUCAAUUUGGGUCGUGAAAGAGUACUAGAGCAUUUGGGCAAUCCAAACAAGCUUGCGGCCUGGGAUGCGCUUCAGGCCCAAGAUCAACUAACCCAGCAACGCCAAAAGAAUCCAAUGUUUGCUCUCUAUAAUUUUACCGAACCACCGUUGAUGUUUGAUCCGACCUACAAAUAUGAUGUGGGCACCCAGGAUUUUGAUAGCUCGGAAAAAAAACGUAUACCUGCAUGGUGUGAUCGAGUAUUGGUCCGGGCGGCAGAUUGUGUGGUCAAGAAUACACACUACAGGCGCCAUGAGGUACUUGCAUCUGAUCAUCGGCCUGUAAGCGCUGCGUUUUAUACAAAGGUUAAG